AUGGCAGUACCCCACUACACGUACUUGUUGUGGAGGCUACCUGGACCCAAGGGACCAAUCACUGUGAAGGGAAGUUUUGCGCUAGCAGAUAAGUGUGACAAAGAUUUCCAUCGACUGUCGGAAACCUUCGGGAUGCAAGCAGAGUAUAUGGCGUCAAAGCUGACAACAGAUUACGACGUGUUGCCAGAUGUCGGGAGGCCGCUCAAGGAACCAACCUUCGACACUACCAAGAACUCGAAGGAAGUGCAGAUACACCCGACAGAUCCCAAAAAGACGACAGCUAUCGCCACCAACAUGGACCACGCAUAG